AUGGAUCACAAAUCAGUCGGGUCUCGAGUACGAGAUCUUGCCAAAUUCCUAGCAACAGUCCAAGGCGACCUCUCCAACAUCACCGGCCCUCCCCACCUCCUCGCCCCCUCCUCCGUCGUCGAAGUAGGCCACUGCUGGGCGCAACGCCCCUCCGUCUUCGCCGCCCCUUCACUAGAAUCCGACCCCGAAAAGCGCAUGCUCCUCGUCCUCAAAUGGUUCCUCGUCGCCCUGCGAUCGCAGCUCUACAUUGGCUCUUCAGGUUCCAAGAACAGCAGCAUCAAGAAGCCGCUCAACGCCUUCCUCGGCGAGCUCUUCCUCGCCUCCUGGACCGACGCCGAGAAGAAAUGCACCACCACUUUGGUGUCCGAGCAAGUCAGCCACCACCCGCCCAUCACGGCCAUGCACGUCAGCGACGCCGAGCACGGGAUCCGGUCGACCGGGUAUGCGCGCGUGGAGAUGAGUUUCAACGGGACGGUCAAUAUCCGCCAGGUCGGACAUGCAGUGUUGCAUAUUGAUCGGUUUGAGGAGGAUUACUUGAUGCCGCUUCUGGAUGCCCAAGUGCGCGGGAUUCUGAGAGGGAGUAUGUACCCCGAGGUGCUGGGCACGUAUUCGAUCAUUGGGAGUAGUGGGUAUCAAGCCGAGAUCAGGUUUACGGGGGAAGGCAUGAUCAGGGGAAAGCGCAACUCGUUUGAGGCAAGGAUUUUUCAUCGAGAUGACCCGUCAAACCAGACGCUGUAUGAAGUAAAAGGCUGCUGGAGCGAAGGAGGGUGGAAGGUGCGAAACCCGCGCAUGGGCGAGACGGUGGAGGUGUAUGAUAUCGAUGCGCCCGAGAACCAGCCGGUGCCGAUGGUGAUUGAUCCGCUGGCGGAGCAGGAUCCGUGGGAGUCAAGAAAGGCGUGGGAGGGCGUGUUUAAGGGGAUGCGGGAUGGGGAUAUGCGGAUGGUGUUGAACGAGAAGACGAGGGUCGAGCAGGCGCAGAGGAGGAUGAGAGCGGAGGAGAAGGAGAGGGGGAUCAUGUGGGAGCCGCUAUUCUUUAAGAGCGUGCAGCCGGAGGAGCAUGAGGUGUUUCAUCGGCUGGCGGAGGGGAUCCCGGGGUUGAAGUUGCAUAGUGAACGGACGAAGGGCGUGUGGAAGCCCGAUCUGGUGAAGAUCGAGAGUCUGCAGAGGCCGUUUAGACAGGGGGUUACGCCUUUGGGAUAUACUUCCUGA